UUGAUUUUGAUUUUGUGUUUAUUUUUUAAAUUUAUACUCGCCGCCUCAUCUCAUCAUCACUUUCCCUUCCCUCCCUUUCCUUCUCCCCUCCCCCCCCCUAUUAGUCAGCAAACAACAAAAAAAGGAGAAAGAUUCUCCCUCUUCCUCUCUUUCCUUUCCCUUUUUUACCUAAACAUACAUUUUCCUAAUCACAAAACAAGAUUUUUGCAGAAACGUAAAAAAACAUGUCAAAUUGUCGCAAAAUUAUUUUUUUAAUAAAUAUUAUUUUUUCCAGUAGUUUUCAAGGUCAAUCAAUCAUUUUAUUAAUGUCUCAUAAUUUUUUAAAGAAGAGAGAUUUUUUGAUUAAAUGCCAAAAAUUAAUUUUUCUUCUCUUGUUGAUAAAAAUAAUCUUUGAGAGCUUCCUUGAUAAAAAUUGACCCUUUUGUAUUUUGACCCUUUUGUAAAAUUUGACCAUUUUCUCUCGCUGGCAUUUUGUCUGUUGGCAUUUUGGUUGUCGACCUUUUGUCCUCUUAUUUUGUUUAUUUAUGAGGUACAUUAGAGUCUCAGCCUUGUUGUUGUUUACAUUUUCUUGUUAGUUGUUGUUGUUGGUCAAGAGUUGUUGAUUAUUUUCUUCAAAAAAUUUUUUCAAAAAAACUCCUAAUUUGUGUUCUUUUAUCUAUUUUUAUUUUUAAUUGGUCUUUAUAUUGGUCUAUCCUUAUCAUUAAAUUUCAUCAUUUUUGCUAUAAAUCACACAAAAUGUAAUUAGUGUAGUUUUCUUCAAGAAGUGUUCUUUCUUUAGUCCAAAGAGUAUUUUUUUCAAAAUUUCUGACGAAUCACACCAUCCUCCUCUUCAUUUUAUUUAGAAAAUCAUCAUUCAAGAAAAUUUUUAAUUUAAUUUACAGGCUUGUUUUUAAUUUAAAAAUUAUUUAAAAUACUCUCUCAAUUUUACACACUAUUUCUCUGCUGUCUCUAACUUCUCUGUAAUAAUUUUUUAAUUUUCAAAAUUUCUUUUCAGAUUUUCAAAAUUUUUUUUUAAAUUCCAGAAUGUUUAACGACGUUAUUUUUGAUUUCGAAGCCUGCGCAAAAAAUUUUUUUCUUUACAAAAUUUCACCAACUUCCAAUGAUGACUCAAAAAAUUCCUCACUUUCUGCCUACAAUUUUGGGUAUAAUGUUAAUGACGAGUAUAUUUCAAAUAGAAAUAAUUUAAUUAAUUCACAAACCAAACUACGCAAUGAUACAAAUAAAAUUGAAAGAGUGAAACAAGAACCCCAAAAUAAUAAAGAAGAAAAACAACAAUUUAAAGACAAAUUCGAAGAAUUUGAAAAAUGCAAUUUUUUUGUUUCAUUUUCUGUUUAUUUUACUUGGUUUGUAUUGACCGUUUUUGCCUACAUUCGAGAAUUUCUUCGGUAUUAUGGAUUUGAGAAGAACAAAUCUGCUUGUGAAAGGCUGGAAAUGAGGGAUUUUGCUCCACUUUUCAAUUCUUUUGAAGCUAUUUAUGCAAGAAAUUGUUAUAUGAGGGUUAGAGAUGUUUUUGAAAGGCCAAUAUGUGGAGUUCCUGGAGGCACAGUUAAACUACUCGAUCGAGAAACUGAUGAUUAUUGUUGGAAUUUUAGAUUUCCUGGGACACAAACAGAAGUUAUCAACACUGCCUCUUAUAAUUACCUUGGAUUUGCCGAAAAUAAAGGACCUUGUGCCACAGCUUCAGCCAACAUAAUUAAUGACCAAGGGAUUUCUUCAUGUGCCAGCAUUCGUGAAUUAGGUCAACCUUUAGCUCAAACUGAAUUAGAGAAUUUGGUUGCUGAAUUUAUUGGAGUUGAAUCUGCCAUAUGUUUUGGAAUGGGAUUUGCUACAAAUUCGAUGAAUUUGACCUGUUUAAUGGAUAAGGAUUCCUUAAUAAUUUCUGACCAAUAUAACCAUGCUUCUUUAAUUCUUGGUUCAAGAAUAUCUGGAGCUACAAUAAAAAUAUUUAAGCAUAAUAAUAUUCAAGAUUUGGAAAAAGUAUUGAGACAAUCAAUUAUUUUUGGAAAUACUAAAAAGGAAGGAAAACCUUUCUCUAAAAUAAUGGUUAUUAUUGAAGGAAUAUAUUCAAUGGAAGGAACAAUUUGUAAAUUGGAUGAAAUUAUUAAAUUAAAGAAAAAAUAUAAAUUUUAUUUAUAUUUGGAUGAGGCACACAGCAUAGGUGCAAUGGGAAAAACAGGACGCGGAAUUGUUGAAUAUUAUAAUUGUGAUUCUAAAGACGUUGAUAUUUUUAUGGGGACAUUUACAAAAAGUUUUGGAGCUGCUGGUGGUUAUAUUGCGGGUAGUAAGGCUUUAAUUUCCCACAUUCGCCAAAAUUCUCCUGGUGAAUUCUACACAAUACCAAUGUCACCACCAAUUGCCAAACAAAUAUUUACAGCAAUGUCUUCAAUUAUGGGUAAAGACGGGACUGGUGAAGGACAAAAAAGAAUUGAACAAUUGGCUAGAAACACCAAUUAUGUUCGUCUAAAAUUAAAACAAUUGGGAUUUAUUGUUUAUGGUUCUAAUCAUUCUCCUGUUAUUCCUAUUAUGAUUUAUCAUCCAACAAAAUGCGGCCUUUGGGGACGUUUAAUGUUGGAACGUAAAAUUGGUGUGGUUGUUGUAUCAUUUCCAGCAACAGAAAUGACCCAAAGCCGUGUUCGUAUUUGUAUUUCUGCUGCACAUACAAAAGAAAUGCUUGAUAAAUUGUUAAAAAAUAUUGAUGAAGUUGGGGAUAUUAGUAGAACAAAACAUUCAAAUAAAUCAGAAUUUUACAAAUCAACUGAAGCAAUUUGGUAA